AUGACUAAAACCACUGCAACCGGACAAACAUUGGACUUCUCCACAUAUAGCAAUGUGAUCAACAAUCAGUUGACCACGACAUCGGAAACCCGGACUGGAAUCAACCCUGCCAACACGAAGCCUAAUCCACCGGUACCCGUUUCGACCCAGAAAGAUGUCGACAAUGCCGUUGCGGCAGCUCGAGCUGCUUUCAAAGGCUGGUCUAAAACUUCAUUUGAAGAGCGACGCAAGGCCUUGCAUGCCUAUGCCGAUGCACUUGACGCCAAUGCCGAUGGAUUCGCACAAACCCUCACGAUGGAACAAGGAAAGCCAUUGACUCAAUCAUCCGUGGAGGUUGGAAUGGCAGGUAUGUGGGUGCGCGGCCUGAGCUCGAUUGAGAUUGCCGACAAGAUUCUUGAAUCAACCACGGAAAGAAUGAUCGUUCAACGCCAUACACCUCUCGGCGUGGUAGGAGCCAUCGUGCCCUGGAACUUCCCCGUCCUUUUGGCCGUGGGUAAGAUAGCCUCUGCCGUGUACACUGGAAACACUGUGAUCGUCAAGCCAUCUCCGUUUACUCCUUACUGUGGAUUGAAGCUGGUUGAGCUUGCAGCCAAGUUCUUCCCUCCAGGCGUGGUACAGUGCCUGAGUGGUGAUGACACUCUUGGCCCGAUGUUCACUGAGCACCCUGAGAUUGAUAAGAUCAGCUUUACUGGAUCUACUCUCACCGGAAAGCGGGUUAUGGCUUCGUGUGCUAAGACUCUCAAGCGAGUGACGCUUGAGUUGGGUGGCAAUGACCCGGCGAUCAUCUGCGACGAUGUUGACAUUGACGCCAUUAUUCCCAAGAUUGGAAUUCUCUCGUACCUCUGCAGCUCGCAGAUCUGCAUGAUGAUCAAACGGCUAUAUGUUCAUGAGAAGAUCUACGAUCAGUUCCUGGAAAAGUUGGUCGCGUUUGUGAAGACUCUGAAAGUCGGCGCGGGCACUGACGCAGAUACCUUCUUCGGGCCCGUUCAGAACCAAAUGCAGUUUGACAAGGCUAAAGACUUGUUCAGCAGCAUCUCGACUGAGAACUUGAAGGCUGCUCUUGGUGGCUCGAUUCAGGAUUCCACCGGAUACUACAUCCACCCGACUAUCAUCGACAACCCCCCAGAGACAUCGCGGGUGGUGCAAGAAGAGCCUUUUGCGCCUAUCCUACCGGUCAUGAAAUGGUCCGAUGAGGACGAUGUCAUUGCGCGUGCGAAUGCACUUGAGACCGGAUUGGGCUCUUCUGUCUGGAGCAAGGACUUUGGGCGCGCAAAGCGCAUCGCAGAUCAACUCGAGUCGGGCAUCGUGUGGGUGAACAGCCACUUCGAUGUGUUGCCGAAUGUGCCAUAUGGUGGUCACAAAAACAGUGGCAUGGGGGUGGAAUGGGGACUUACUGGGCUCCUUGGAUACUGCAAUUCGCAGACUCAGUGGCUGAAGAUGAGUCCCUAG